AUGGCUCCACCUCGUGCUCGCGAAAAGGUAACCUACACACCCCGACGUGGAGCACUUGGAGCUUUCGUAGACACCACAAAGUUGUCCGAUCGCGAAUAUGAAAUUGCUGUUGCUAAUGGGCUGAUAAAGGGCAGAACCAGGUGGUACAGUACUUUUUUAAGCUCAAGAUGUUACCUCGAAGAAAGCUGCAUUUUCAGAGCAUCUGCGCCUACAGACACUCGGAAAUCUCGCCGAGAAGAAAUUUUGGAUCUAAAAAGAAAGCUUAAAAUUUGACU